UAGUAUUUUCAAGCAUUUUUGCUCGCGGAAUUUGGUAUAUUUAAACGAAGUGUUGUCGGUCAUACAAUGAACAAAAUUAAUACUUGACCGAUGUAGUUAUUCCAUAUUUUACUUCAUUAUAAAAUAUAAAAAUUGCAAUGGCCGAAAAAUAUUCAUCUGAUCUUUUUCGUGUGGUCAUUGCACAAAUAUCACAAACCAUCGGAUACAGCUAUACAUUUAGUUCCCCAUUGGAAUUAUUACAAGACGUUAUAAAAAAGUUUGUGCACGAAUUUGCUCAAGACAUGCAUCGCAACAUGGAACACGCUAAUCGACUUGAACCAGACUUAAAAGAUGCACGUCAGAGUUUAAAAAACCUCCACAUGAAUGUUUAUGAAAUAUUGGAUUAUAUUAGCAAUGUGGAACCAGUAAUUUCUACAAGAGAUAUUGGAAAAUUUCCUAUUAGCCGGUCAUCAAACAUGAAUUUUCUUAAGGCUGGAAGUGCUGAAUCUUUAACUCGGCCGGUGCAUAUAUUUGAAUAUUUGCCUGCAAUUGAGACUCCAGAGUCACCGGAAAUUCAAGCUGAAAAUGAAUCGCAAACUCAUGACACAAUCAUAAAGAAUGAUUCAAGAACGACUAUUUCAAUGGAGAAACUUAGCCUCAAUUCAAAUGAAACACUUCCUUCUGACGUGGUCGUUGUUUUUUCUAAUAAUUAUGGUGAUUUUGAAAACGGAAGUUCCGUACGAGAAAUGAGUAGCGUAGUAAUGACGACAGGAGGAUUUUUGAGUCCGGCCAUUGAAGGAAAAUUACCAGAAGCAUUUGUUCCGGAUAUUAUUGAAAAAUUUAUGGGUCUAGAUGCUCCUCCUGUUUCAUUAUUGGUGGUCCCCUCGGCUGAAUCUUCUAGAAAACCGAAUACAUUCGUUAACGAAUCAUUAUUGUUCUUAGGAGAAAUAACCUCUCAUCAACCACUGCCAGCAUAUGAAACAUUUGGACACACAUCAAUAAUAGCCAAUACAGUUAAUACUGAUGUUUUGCUAGCUUUUGACCCAUAUAAUGCAUCGAUAUCAAAUGAAUUAAAUAUCAUAACUUCUAAAAAGAAUAAAAAACAGAGGAAUGAAAUAAAAGAUAACAAAAAUUUGCAUGAUAAAACUAUAGAAAAGACCAAGAUUAAAGCUAUUAAAAUGCUCCAAAAAAGUCCAAAUAUAAAAAAUGAGCUUAAAAUUUGUGAAUUAUUUCAUUUAAAAAAGUCCAAGAAGCUCGAACCUAAUAACUUUCAAUUAGAAAAACUUUUGAAGAAACAAGCUAGACAAAAGAAAAAAAAACUGAAAACUCAUUUGCCUCAUGUGCUUGAGAAGGGUGAAGCACACGAAGAGUCCAAUAAAACCAUUACAAAACCUUUUAUUGUUGAACCUAAUUGCACUUCAAGUUUCAAAAGUGAAAAAGAAAUCAGUUCAGUUGAGGAUGAAUUUAAUAAUUUAAAUAAAUAUGAGAAGGAAGUUUUUGAGCUACACAAAAUUGAAGCCCAUCCACCGGAAAAUUUGCCAUCAAUUAAAAAAAAUGUAGGCGAAGCAGAACGAAGUAAAUUGGAUAUUUUUAAAAAAAUUUCCAAGCCGCGAACAGCACGUAAAGAUGAAAUAGAGUCGUCGGGUGUACUAUUUGGUCCAUUGACUGGUCAUUCGAUAUUAAAUCUACCGUCGGGGACUACUAUAACACCAACACCAAUAGAACAACCUGCGGCACCAGUUAAAGUGGGAAUUGAUAUGAUGAAAAAUACCCCCAAACCGAAAAAACGAGGUAGAAAGGCGGGAGGCAAAGAUCAACUAGAGUGUUCUGGUAUAGCAACAAACUCUUCUGGUGGCCUACCAAAAAAAUUAAAGGCUAAAAAUAUAUUAACCCUCCCCAUUGUUUCGUCCGAUAAUCUAAUGACCAAUUCCAAAAAAUCAAAUAUUCCAAUAUCAACAGAGCCACUUAAUUUAUGUAACAUUGAAGUCAAAAGUGGAAUUGUGCCAAGUUUUAAACCAAAGUCAAACAAUAAAAAAGAUAGAAAAAAAAAUAGAACAAACUAUCUUACUGAUGAAAAUAAUGAGGUUUGCGCCAAACCUGUUCUUGAGAACGUAAAAUCUGCCAUUUCCAUAUCAGAUCAAUUUAUUUCUGUUUCCAGUACUUUGCCCAGUACCCCUUUAUAUACAGGUACUGAAACUGGAAUUGUACCAUUGUUGCCUCUUUUACAAUUUCCACCUCGCCCGGGUUUAAUUCCAUCAGGACCUGGACUGUUUCCGGCUGCAGUUGGCCUUGUUGGCUUGAGUUCUAAUGAUAAUAGGAUUACAGUUCCACCUUUUAUAGCUCAACCUGUAUCUGAGCCCUUUAGAACUCAGCAUCUUUCUGACUUAAUUGGUACAAUUCCUCAAGAACAUCUGCCAUGCCCUAAAACGGAGGUUAAUUCGGACCAAAAUUAUUGUAAUGUUGCUCCUUUGGUACCUGAAAACAUGAAAUUAUCUGAAAAUCUUGCAUUAAAUCGUGAUGUAAAAGGCUUGGGCAAUUUAAUUAUUCAUGAUCCUCAGAAACAAGAAAAAUCGUUAUCCCUACCCACAGGUAAUUUAGGGGAUCCCAUUGAGGUAUCAGAUGAAUCGGAUGAAUCAAUGCAACAUAGAGAUUCAAGGCGAUCCCCAUUAAUAUCUCAAAAUAAGCAAUUAUCCUCAGUGCAUCAGCAGAAUCCGUCAUAUGUAUCAUCAAGUGAUACACGUAGGGAUGGCUUACAUGUGGAUUUAAAUAAUGGUCUUCACACUUUACCUUUGAUAAGCAACUCAGAAGCCAUUUAUUUAAAGAAAGAAGUUAAACUAUCCCUUCCGAAAGUAAAAAAAAAUACCAAAGAACCAUCUACUACCCCUGGACUUACUUCGUUUAACUUGCCCAAUUUUAUAGGAGCGGAUAAGUUCAGCUUAGCUGGUGGGGCUGACCUUAUUCCAUUGUCUAGAUUGGAUUUUGGUUCGAAGGACCCUAAAAUACAUUCCAGUAACGAAAGUUCUGGGUCACACCCACAGUUAAAUAUUUAUGAAGCCCGACCAUUUUUGUCCAAAAUAUCAAGCUACGACGAUAUUACAAUUACACCUACUGGGCCAGUUCCAUUCGAGGUAAAAAUACGCAAACACCAUAAAAAGUUAAAAAAAAUAAAAGAUGGAAAAAUAAAGAAAAAAAAGGAUAAAAAGAACAAAUCUAAAGAAAAGGAUAGGGUUGAAAUUACUCAAAAUAAAUCCGAUCGCAAGCAUAAAGAAUUGGAGAGAAAACAAAAGAAAGAAAAGAAGGAAAAGGAUAAACAGAUUUUAAUACCUUCUCUUCAAGACAAAGAAGUCUUUGUGAGUGCAACAUCUAUCAAUGAUAAUGGCUCUACUCAAAACAAAUUUUUUGGGACAUUUCCGAAUGAUUCCAUUUUAAUAACAUCUUUACAACCAUCCAUAUCACCACGUUGUACGACACCGCAAAAUGUAGAUCAAGCUACAAAUCCUAUACCAAAAUUAACAUUAAAAUUAAAUGGGAAGUCUACACCUUUGACAAAUAUAAAUAAUGAAGCAGAUCCAAAAGAUAUUGGAUUUUCAAAAAAUACAAAUACCUUAAUCCAAACGAACGAUCAAUCUCCAGAACUAGCCCGAUUUUCACCUUUAGUGACUGGACCUCCGAAAUCCAAACAAACUGAUCUUUAUAUAUUAGGCACAUCUAAUCUUGGAACAUCUAUAGGAAACUCUCCUCAUAACACUAUGUCAUUGCCGCCGUCACCUUUAAUUACAAAGUCAUCACAUAUGACAAUCAAUCAACUAAGUUCUAUUGGAUGGGCGUCUAAUUCAAAUAACAAUUCGGCUGCUUCAUCCACUAUUUCAGCCAGUUCAGUUUUGUUACCACAGCAAUUAAUGUUGACACCUAAUGCGGUCAUGCAUAAUUGUUCGUCAAGUUUAGCCACAAGUUCAUGCAUGGGGGAUAAGGAACUAAUUUUAAAUUCUCCCCUGCAUAUACCAGAAAUCUGUGCCAACACUGCACCAAUUAAUCGGCCUUCUUCAUAUGUUGAUGCUGAAGGAAAUCGUAUUUGGAUUUGUCCGGCGUGUGGGAAGGUUGAUGAUGGUUCAGCAAUGAUUGGAUGUGAUGGCUGCGACGCUUGGUAUCACUGGACAUGUGUUGGCAUAGAAAUUGCACCGAAAGACGAUUGGUAUUGUCGUGUUUGUAUAACAAAAAAAAAAAAUCAAUGUUCGGAAAAGAAGAAGAAGCGAAACAAAAAAAAGUAACAUUAUUCCCACUAUUACAAAAAUUGUAUUUACAUUUCUUAAUUGACUAUGUUUUAUUUUAUACGAUUUAUUUUUUUAAGCUACAAUAUACCCUCUAGUUCCAACCUAUAAAA